AGACAUGAAAUAAAGAGAGAGAAUCGCUUGGUAUAUAAGCCAUUACAGCUGAAGCCACGGCCUCUGUAUCCAUCUGUACCACCUCUCAAUAUAGACUGAUAUAUUCUAUAUAUUUCUGUAUCUUUCUCUCUAUAUAGAUUAUAAUAGACGAAGAGGUGUUAAAUCGAGCUUCCUUUUGGUUUCCAAGCGAGGAAUUCCGGAGCCACUGGCCAUGGCGGAGUCAAGCUCAAGCGACUCCGUUUCUGUCGAUGUCGAGACCAUUUAUCUUGGCGGAAAGGAACAUAUUGUAAGGACUGGCCGUGGUUCUGUGUCUGUUAUAGUAUACGGAGACAAAGAAAAGCCUGCACUAGUCACUUAUCCUGAUUUAGCUCUAAAUCACGUGUCUUGUUUUCAAGGAUUGUUCUUUUGUCCGGAAGCAGCUACUUUGCUGCUACAUAAUUUCUGCAUCUAUCACAUUAGUCCUCCUGGGCACGAGUUGGGAGCUGCAGCAAUUUGUCCUGAUGAUCCAGUUUUGUCUGUUGACGAUUUAACAGAUCAAAUAAUUGAGGUUCUAAAUUAUUUUCGGCUGGGUGCAGUGAUGUGCAUGGGGGUGACAGCUGGAGCUUACAUCCUCUCCAUGUUUGCUAUGAAGUAUAGGGAGCGGGUCCUGGGAUUGAUCCUUGUAUCUCCACUAUGCAGAACCCCUUCCUGGACCGAGUGGUUUUGUAAUAAGGUGAUGUCAAAUUUGCUAUAUUACUAUGGGAUGUGUAGUCUGCUGAAGGAGUGCUUACUUUAUCGGUUCUUCAGCAAGGAAGUUCGUGGUAGUGCAGAAGUUCCAGAAUCAGAUAUAGUCCAAGCUUGCCGAAGAUUGCUAGAUGAGAGGCAAAGCUUAAAUGUCUUUCGAUUUCUUCAAGCUAUUAACAGGAGACCUGAUAUUACUGAAGGCUUAAAGACACUGAAAUGUCGAACACUAAUAUUUGUCGGGGAGAAUUCUCCUUUCUAUGGUGAGGCUCUCCACAUGACAGCCAGACUGGACAGAAGAUACUGUGCUUUAGUUGAGGUCCAGGCUUGUGGAUCAAUGGUGACAGAAGAGCAGCCUCAUGCGAUGUUGAUACCCUUGGAGUACUUCUUAAUGGGGUAUGGAAUGUACCGACCAAGCCAGUUUACUGGUAGCCCUCGGAGUCCUCUGAGCCCAACUUGCAUAUCACCGGAGCUUCUCUCUCCAGAAAGCAUGGGAUUGAAACUAAAGCCAAUCAAAACUCGGAUUUGAUAUUAACUAUCCUGAACAGACCAAGAAAAUGUUGGAUUCAAAUUACAUCUUGUAUAUGAAUAAUCGACGUUGUUUUUUUUUUUAAUCUUUUUUGUAAUUCUAUUCAAUUGUUUUGUUAAUGGGGUAGAUGUGUUUGUAGAUAUAGACAUAGGAUGAUGAUGAUAUUCUUUAAUGGACAUAGACGGCGGAGAUAUGAAUUCAUUCAUUUGUAGUUCA